CAAAGAUAUAGCAAUGGUGUCAGGACACAUGGAUGAUCCUACAAGGUAUCCAGGAAAGCUCACCCUUAGGGUGGUUCUAACAUGUGUUAUGGCAGCCACUGGUGGCUUAAUUUUUGGUUAUGACCAUGGGGUUUCAGGUGGAGUGACCUCCAUGGAUUCUUUCUUGAAGCAAUUCUUUCCAUCUGUCUAUGAACAGGAGUCUAACAUGAAACAUUCUUCAAACCAGUAUUGCAAAUUCAAUAGUCAAAUAUUAACUUUAUUCACUUCAUCUUUGUACCUAACUGCUCUUGUGGCUGGUCUAGGGGCAUCUAGCAUAACUCGAUUGAUGGGGAGGCGAGCUACUAUGAUUACAGGUGGAAUAUUCUUUGUAGGAGGUGCAUUGCUUAAUGGAUUAGCUACAACCUUAUGGAUGCUUAUUGUUGGGAGAAUGUUGCUUGGUUUUGGCAUUGGAUGUGCCAAUCAGUCAGUGCCAAUCUAUGUCUCAGAGAUGGCCCCUCAUAACUAUAGAGGAGCUCUCAACAUGUGCUUCCAAUUGUCAAUCACCAUAGGCAUCUUCAUAGCCAAUCUUUUCAACUACUACUUUGCCAACAUACUUCAUGGUCAAGGGUGGCGCUUAAGCUUAGGGCUUGGAGCACUCCCUGCUAUCAUUUUUGUCGUAGGCUCAUUUUUUCUUCCUGACUCACCAGCCUCCCUUGUUGAGCGUGGAUGUCACGAGGAAGCAAGGAAAGAACUCCAGAAAAUUCGUGGCACAACUGAUGUUGAUGCAGAGUUCAAUGAUAUACUUGUUGCUAGUGAGGCCUCCAAAAAAGUGAAACACCCAUGGAAAACCUUGAGGGAACGAAAGUAUAGACCUCAACUCAUUUUUGCCAUAUGCAUUCCCUUCUUCCAACAAUUCACUGGCCUAAAUGUCAUCACAUUCUAUGCUCCCAUACUAUUCAGAUCAAUUGGUUUUGGAAGCACGGCUUCUCUUAUGUCUGCAGUUAUCAUUGGUAGCUUUAAACCAAUUUCAACCUUGAUUUCAAUUCUUGUUGUAGAUAAAUUUGGAAGACGUAGUCUUUUCCUUGAGGGUGGUGCUCAAAUGUUGAUUUGUCAGAUUAUUAUGGCGAUCGCAAUUGCUGUGACAUUUGGCACUAGUGGAAACCCUGGAACAUUGCCAAAGUGGUAUGCAGUUGUAGUAGUUGGUGUCAUUUGUGUAUAUGUUGCUGGUUAUGCUUGGUCUUGGGGUCCACUUGGAUGGUUGGUACCUAGUGAAAUUUUCCCCCUUGAGGUUAGACCUGCAGCUCAAAGUGUUGUUGUUUGUGUCAACAUGAUUAGCACCUUUUUUGUAGCCCAAUUCUUCACCUUAAUGCUUUGUCACAUGAAGUUUGGUUUGUUCAUCUUCUUCGGUUGUUUUGUGGUGCUCAUGACCUUAUUUAUCUACAAAUUAUUGCCUGAAACAAAGGGCAUCCCAAUUGAGGAAAUGACUAUAGUGUGGCAGGAACAUCCCAUCUGGAGCAAAUUUUUGGAUUCCAAUAAAAGCAUUCAAAAUUGCAAUGAAGAUUGUAAAUGUUGAUUAGACAAGUGUGUCCAAAAUAUAAGAUUUAUCAGUCUUGACCUAAAUUUUCAAUUUAGGUUCUAAAUAAAAAAUCCA